UAAUUCCUCCUCCAAACUCCGGCGACAGCGAAGACUCCUCCGCCCUUCGGCCGAUCUUCCAGCCUGCAAAUGGAGGGCACAGUGAAAUGCUCAGCGAACUACGUGCCAUUGAGUCCAAUUAGCUUCUUAGAAAGAUCAGCAAAGGUUUAUAGUGAUAGGCUCUCUAUUGUUCACGGAAAUGUCAAAUAUUCUUGGAGAGAAACUCGUCAAAGGUGUAUCCGACUUGCUUCUGCUCUUACCCAUCUGGGCAUUUCUCGUGGCGAUGUCGUUGCUGCCUUGGCUCCAAAUAUUCCUGCAAUGUAUGAGCUACACUUUGGAGUACCAAUGGCUGGGGCAGUUCUUUGUGCACUUAAUACACGUCAUGAUUCUGCAAUGGUCUCUGUGUUACUUAGACACUCAGAGGCCAAAAUCAUAUUUGUAGAUCACCAGUUGCUCGAUGUUGCUAAGGGUGCAUUAGAAAUUCUAUCUAAGGCAAGCAGAAAGUUGCCGCAUCUUAUCUUGAUCUCUGAUAGAGAGAGUCCGUUAUCCAGCCAGAAUAAUAAUAAUAGGAGCUUGGCUUCAAAAGAUCUGAAGUAUGAGUCCUUAUUAGCUAAUGGAGAACCUGAUUUUGAGAUUGUCUGGCCAAAUGAUGAAUGGGAUGCUAUUGCUCUUAAUUAUACCUCAGGGACAACAUCGAGACCAAAAGGGGUCGUUUAUAGUCACAGAGGGGCAUAUCUUAAUUCUCUGGCUGCAGCACUUCUUGCUGAAAUGACUUCAAUGCCUGUCUAUUUAUGGACCCUUCCCAUGUUUCAUUGCAAUGGAUGGUGUCUUACUUGGACUGUGGCAGCACAGGGUGGUACAAACAUUUGCCUGAGAAACGUAACCGAAAAAGGGAUUUUUGACAGCAUAACUCAGCACCAAGUGACUCACAUGGCUGGUGCACCUACGGUUUUGAACAUGAUAAUAAAUGCGCCACGAAGUGUCCAAAGACCACUCUCAAGGACAGUUAACGUUAUGACAGGUGGUGCCCCACCUCCUCCUCAAGUUCUACUUAAGAUGAAAGAGCUCGGUUUUAAUGUUACUCACGGAUAUGGUCUUACGGAAACCUAUGGUCCAGCAACUGUUUGCAUUUGGAAACCAGAGUGGAACUCUCUAUCACCUGAUGAGCAGGCUAAUAUUCAUGCUCGUCAAGGAGUGAACCAUCUUGGCUUGGAGGAUGUAGACGUAAAGGAUUCUGAAUCAAUGAAGAGUGUACCCUCAGAUGCAAAAACAAUGGGUGAGGUGAUGAUUAGAGGAAGCACAGUAAUGAAUGGUUACUUAAAAGAUCGCAAAGCUACAGAAGAUGCUUUUAGAGGGGGUUGGUUUCGAAGCGGGGAUUUAGCAGUGAAGCAUCCUGAUGGUUACAUAGAAUUAAAGGAUCGUUCAAAGGACAUCAUUAUUUCCGGUGGAGAAAACAUUAGUACAAUCGAAGUGGAGUCUGUAAUCUUUAGCCAUCCAUCUGUUCUUGAAGCUGCUGUAGUGGGAAGACCAGAUGAUCACUGGGGUGAGACACCCUGCGCAUUUGUCAAACUGAAGAAUGGAUGCAAUGCAAGUGCUGAUGAGAUCAUCAAGCAUUGUCGUGAUCGUUUGCCGCAUUACAUGGCUCCUAGGACAGUAAUUUUUGAUGACCUGCCAACAACUUCAACAGGAAAGAUUCAAAAGUUUGUUCUGAGACAGAGAUCCAAAGCCAUGGGAAGUGUUUCGAAAGCUAGCAAACUAUAAUGAAUUGUGGUGUUGAAAUGGAGCUUGCUUAGUGAAACACGCUUUUAUUGUUCUAGACAUAAGUUUAAUCAUAUUGCAUUAAUAAGAUUAGUUCAGCAGAACAAUAGAUGAACUUGACCUUUUGAAAAAAGGUUAUUAUUAUUUACUGUAUUGAAUUCAUGAUGCUUUAUAAUCAUCAGACAACAGAUUAAUAAUAAUAAAAAAGCUCUGUUUCUC